AUGGAAGAUGAAGCUAGCAGGGAUGAUAAACAGAAGAGAGCAAAAGCUAAUGAUGAGAAAGACUAUAAAGAAGAAGAUAUCAUCAACCAAUUGCCAGAUGGAAUCCCUGUAGCCAUUUUAUCUAAAUUGUCAAUAAAUGAAGCUGCUAGGACCAGCAUCCUCUCAAAAAAAUGGAGAUAUCUGUGGACCUCUUUUUCUGGGACCUUAGAAUUUGAUGGUUCACCUAUUAUGAAAGACAUGAAAAAAGAUAUUGAGAAGGUUGCAGGGAGGCAUUUGCAAAUGGCAAUGGAGAUCAUGUAUGAUGCAGAAAGGCAAACAUAUACAAGUUGGAUCAAUGAAUUGUUGAGUUCACUUAAAAGUUCAACUCUACAAGGAUUGAAAUUUUGGUUUCAUGUGGGCACUGGGUGUGAUAUUGAUAAGUGGGUUCACUUUGCCAUUCAAAAGAAGGUUCAAAAGCUUGAGCUGUAUUUUGGGCAUACAUUUGAAUAUGUUCUUCCAUUGCACCUGUUUAAACAAGCAAGUUUUAAUUCCUUGCUUGUCUUGCGUCUGAAAUUCAUUACUGUGAAGAAAGAGAUGCUAGAGUAUUUACUUUGUUGCUGUCCAUUACUUGAAACGUUGAGCUUGGUUAACUCGGGAGUUCCAAAGACUAUGAAGGUUUCAGGUCCAUCUCUUAAGCUGAAAUGUCUUGAGUUGGUAAGAUGUUGGGAGCUGAUAAACCUUGAGAUUUUUGCUGAGAAUUUAAUGUCAUUCAAAUACUACGGAUCCCAUUUGAACGCAGAAUUCAAGAGCGUUCCAAGCCUUGUGGAAGCAACAUUUGGAGGAUCCUUUGUGGAAUUCAGUAGACAAAGUUUUCUCCCGCAAAUAAAAGUGCUUAAAUUGGAUAUUACACAAAACGUACCUGAAGUGAUUUACUGGUUAUGUCAACUUCCCAAGUUACAAAAUCUGAAGUACUUGGAAUUGGUUGCCUGCGUUGAUGACAGCUUAACACUUGGUGCUUGUGUUCUGCUAUUAAAGGCAUCACCUUCACUAUGGAGGUUCACAGUCAAGAUGCUAAAUACCAACCCUAUUUUUAGAACAGAAGGCAAAUUUACAAUGGAAUGUCAGUACAGUCUUAAGGAGUUGGAAUUGGUUGGUUUUUGUGGAGCAGCAUGUGAAGUUGAAUUAGUUAUGUACGUGCUUGAGAAUGCAGUUGAACUCCAGAAGAUAACUAUUGAUACAAGGUUACCAACUAAGCCGAAAUUGAGACCAUUGGGGGAGCACUUCAAAACUUGGGAUCAUGAGGAGAACAGAAAGCGUGCUUGGGAACUGCAGAAGAAAAUACCUCCUUCGAUUGACUUCAUUUGUCUUUGA